CUAAAAAAAAAAUCCUGCUAACUUCCAUUUCCAGCCAAAGAAGAAGAAGAUGGAGCUGCCGGAAAGAGUGGCGAACUUGGUGAGACGAGCCGCAAGUAGCAACGUCGUUCUAAACUCAGCUCUGAUCGGAGUAUUCGCCGUUCUAACAGCAAGAUCAUAUAUUCAGCAGAAGGAUAUCGCAGUACUCGAAGCCCAGAAGCAAUCGCUUGUAAUCUCCAACAAGGCGAUGAAGAAAACAAUCUGGGAUUGGAAGCAACAGCUUUUCUCCGAAGCCGAAGCUUCCUCUGAUAAGUCCCUUAUCCCUCUUUCCCGCCUCAAAGCUAUCUAUGGAGAAGCACCCGCAGCCAUUCAAUCCUCUGAUGGAGUUGAAGACUCUCCAGCAUCCAAAGUUCUAAUAUGAUGGGUGAUAUGGUGAAUAACUAGACAAGGUUUGAAUGACUUUUGAUCAAAUCCAUGCUUACUUUAAUCACUAGAAUUGUAGUAAAGAUGAAUGCCUAGAAUUGAUCAAUUUAUUGUGAAAGUUGUUUAAUUGAUACUGAAUUGUAUUAUCUUUAUUGAUUUCUUGACGCCAUAUUUUGAUCUUAUAUUCAUAAAUAAACAUGUGUAAACACGAAAUUU